UGUAAUUCCUACAUAUGUCUGCACUAGCAUGUAUGCUUAUGUCUCUAAUUUUUCUGCACUGGAAAAUUCCUUGUGUGUGUAAACAUACUUGUAAAGCUCUUUCUGACUCCUGACAUGCUCUUCCUCUACAUGCUUAGUUCAACAAUACAUUAGAUCUGUGCAUUUAUUUGUAAAUAGUUUGACGGACCACUAUAUUGUGCAUGCAUGUUGUUUAAUUAUUAUAAACAAUCCACAUUCCAAAUAAUAACAUGAAUAUUAAUAACACAUUCUUUGAUGUCACCAAGUCAAAUCUUGAUGCAAACCACGUUUCUGAUGAAAGCAUGCCUUUUAUCCCUCUGUCCUCCAGAUGUCUCUAUGUCAUUCUCAAAGCAAGUGCAUUAUCGUAAACCACCACCACAAAAGAGCGUCCCUGACACAAGAUCUUCAGUAUGAAGUGUCAUUCUGUCCUGGCAGGUUCUCACUGUAGUCUAGUAGCUGACACACCUGAGCCAUCCCCCCUUCUCCCUUCUCUCCGCUCUCGGCGCACUGCGCAUGCGCAGCUAGCAGCGCUCAGGGUUGCCAAGUCUGUGCAAGAACUGUGCUACUUUAACACUGUUGCCGCGGGUUGUUUUCAUGUCCGCUGGUUGAAGCAACCCCAAUUAUGUGAUGUUUAGCCACCGGAAUGCAAAUUUAGACAGGGAAACCCUACCCAAAAAAGUGUAUUUUAAAUGUUAUUAUUUUUUUUACAUGUAUGCAAUUAGGAGGGUUUAGUUGUGAAAGCCUGGCAACCCUGAGCUCCACUGUCAUGGCGGAGACGGAGCGGAGCAGGAGCUGAUGCAGGAAGAGAUGGCGCUGUAAAGUGGGUUACCGCUGAAACUUCACUCCAGCAGUUCCCACAGCGGCCGAGAAGCUUGUCUUCUCUUCGGAGGGAUCCCUGAAAGCCAGUGUCGGACGUUUCUUGCCUUGUAUUUUGUAGUUUUUGCGGCUUAUCGGUGCGACUAACGUUACCUGCGCGGAAUCUCUUCAGCAUCGCGGUUUCCUGUUUGACGCGCGAACACUUCAAUUACAUUUUUGUUUAAAUGUCUUUCCUUUACUAACCCGGCGGGGCUCGACAAGCGUUGUGUUUCGUUUCUAGGCUCACCUCAGCGCGGUUUUGUCCUCCUUUUGACAAGUUCAUAGCUGUUUUUCUUCUCCACAGCAGAAUAUUCCUGUCAGUCAGGUUAGUGACAUCAACCGGCGCUUCCCGCCGAAAUUAACGGCUAAACUGGCCGUGAGUGGAGACCAGGACCUGUUCUUCACCUCUGUCAGCGUAACGUUAACGAGACAUUUCCGUACGUUUCCCCGUAGUUUAACCGGACUGUAGGGUCAGACAGGUGUCCCACCUGUUCCCCUCACCUGUGUCUCCGUCAUGGCGAGCGCAGGUGACAGCGCUGUCGGGGUUCCCAUCCGAGGGAUCCGCAUGAAGUUCGCCGUGCUGGCGGGGCUCCUGGAGGCUGGUGAAGUCUCCAACCGGGACAUUGUGGAGACGAGCUUCAAUCUGCUGGUCGGUGGACAGUUUGAUCUGGAGAUGAACUUUAUCAUCCAGGAGAUGGAGAGCAUCAUCUGCAUGGUGGAGCUGCUGGAUAAAUGUGACUCCACUUGCCAGGCGGAGGUGUGGAGUAUGUUCACCGCCGUGCUGAAGAAGAGCUUGCGAAACCUGCAGGCCUGCACUGAUAUCGGCCUCAUCCAGCUGGUGCUCCAGCGCAUCGACCGGGUCGACACCAUGAUCGCAGAUCUGAUGGUGGACAUGCUAGGUGUGCUCGCCAGCUACAGUAUCACAGUGAAGGAACUGAAGCUGUUCUUCAGUAAACUGAAAGGAGAACAAGGCCAAUGGCCUCCUCAUGCUGUCAAGCUGCUUUCCGUGCUGAAGUGCAUGGCUCAAAGAAAUGGCCCAGAUUCCUUUUUCAGCUUCCCAGGGAAGAGUGCUGCGGCUAUUGCACUUCCACCUAUUGCAAAGUGGCCGUACCAGAACGGCUUCACCUUCCACACCUGGCUGCGCCUGGACCCCAUCAAUAACAUAAACGUUGACAAGGACAAGCCUUAUCUAUACUGCUUCCGCACAAGCAAAAGUUUGGGCUAUUCUGCACACUUUGUGGGCGGGUGUCUGAUUGUCACCUCUCUAAAGUCCAAAGCCAAAGGCUUCCAGCACUGUGUGAAAUAUGACUUCAAACCCCAGAAGUGGUAUAUGGUGACCAUAGUGCAUAUCUAUAAUCGCUGGAAGAACAGCGAAAUCAGCUGCUAUGUCAAUGGAGAGUUGGCGUCAUAUGGUGAGAUCACCUGGUUUGUCAACACGAGCGAUACAUUUGACAAGUGUUUUCUGGGCUCAUCAGAGACGGCAGACGCUAACCGUGUGUUCUGUGGUCAGAUGGGGGCAGUGUAUCUGUUCAGUGAAGCUCUCAGUGCUGCUCAGAUAUUAGCCAUCUAUCAGCUGGGGCCUGGAUACAAGGGCACUUUUAAGCACAAGGCAGAGAGUGACCUGCUGUUUGCAGAACAUCAUAAGAUGCUGCUGUAUGAUGGAAAGCUGUCUGCCAGUAUCGCCUUCACCUAUAACCCUCGAGCCACUGACGCUCAGCUGUGUCUGGAGUCCUCUCCCAAGGACAAUGCUUCCAUCUUUGUGCACUCACCACACGCCCUCAUGCUGCAGGACGUCAAAGCUGUGGUGACACACUCGGUUCAGAGUGCCAUCCAUUCUAUAGGAGGAGUUCAGGUCCUUUUCCCCCUGUUUGCACAGCUGGAUUUCCUACAGCACAGCGGCGACGAGCUGGACUCCUCCAUCUGUUGCACACUACUGUCGUUUGUGAUGGAGCUGUUGAAGGGCUCUGUAGCUAUGCAAGAGCAGGUGCUGUCCUGCAAGGGCUUUCUUGUCAUUGGUUACUCACUGGAGAAGUCUUCCAAAGUACACGUGACACGACCUGUGCUGGACAUUAUCCUUGCCUUUGCCCGUUAUCUUAGCAGCCUUCCUACUGGAGUUUUGCUCUUGAAACAGCUGUGUGACCAUAUCCUCUUCAACCCUACCAUUUGGAUUCAUGCCCCAGCUAAGGUACAGCUGGUUCUCUACACCUACCUGGCCACAGAAUUCAUCAGCACCGUCAACAUCUACAACACCAUCCGCAGAGUUGGAACUGUACUGCAGGUCAUGCAUACACUCAAGUAUUUCUACUGGGUUGUAAACCCACUGGACCGCAGUGGAAUCACACCCAAGGGUCUCGAUGGGCCGAGACCAAAUCAGAAGGAGAUUCUCUCUCUCCGAGCGUUCCUGCUGCUGUUUGUCAAGCAACUUAUCAUGAAGGAUCAUGGGGUAAAGGAAGACGAACUGCAGAGUAUUCUGAACUACCUGCUCACAAUGCAUGAGGAUGAUAAUCUGAUGGAUGUUCUUCAGCUUCUGGUAGCACUGAUGUCUGAGCACCCCAGCUCAAUGGUUCAAGCCUUCGAUCAGCGGAAUGGAAUACGGGUCAUCUUUAAGCUGCUUGCAUCCAAAAGUGAAGGGAUUCGUGUGCAGGCACUCAAAGUCUUGGGCUACUUUCUCAAAUAUUUGUCACCAAAGACAAAGUCAGAGUCCAUGUUGGCUCACGGUCUGUUCUCUCUGCUGACUGAACGAUUGAUGCUUCACACGAACCAGUUCACAGUCACAACAUACAACGUGCUCUUUGAGAUUCUUACGGAGCAGAUCUGUACUCAGGUCAUUCACAAACAGCACCCAGACCCUGACUCCACCGUGAAGAUUCAAAACCCUCAGAUCCUAAAAGUGAUAGCUGCUCUCUUAAAGAACGCUUCUCCAGGAACAGAAACCAUGGAAGCACGGCGUAUCUUCCUCUCAGACAUGAUCAAACUCUUCAACAACAGCCGGGAGAACCGCAGGAGUCUGUUGCAAUGCUCGGUGUGGCAGGAGUGGAUGCUGUCUCUGUGCUUUAUAAACCCCAAGAACAGCGAGGAGCAGAAGAUCACAGAGAUGGUGUACGCCAUCUUUCGUAUCCUCCUUUAUCACGCCAUUAAGUAUGAGUGGGGCGGCUGGCGCGUGUGGGUGGACACACUCUCCAUCACGCACUCCAAGGUCACCUUUGAGGAACACAAAGACAAUCUGGCCCGCAUGUUCACCGAGUACCAGCGGAUGGGUUCUGAGGGAGGAUCUGAAAGCAUAAUCAGAACAAUAUCUGGCACCAGUCACGAUUCUCAGUUCCUUGCCUCCGCCAGUGGUGAGCUGAAUGCAGAGGAGACCGCUCCAUCUACUGUAAUUGAGCUACGUGUGGAGGAGAAGGUCACUGAUCAGCCUGGAGACAGUGAGGAAACGAGGACCCAGAUCCCAGUCACAGUGUCUAACAUUCUGGCUAGAGAUGAGGAAGAGAGACAGACAGACACCGUUGCCGCUUCUCCACAGAAAGGGGAUGAAGGUGAACAAGAUGCUACGAAAGAACCAGGAAAGGAUAAUGAAGUGAAAAGUUUGGAAGACAAUCAUAAAACAAAGGCUAACAUUGAUGGAGAGCUGGAAAGAGGUGAGGCUGACAUCACAAUGACUGAAGGUAGAGCUGAUCUGAGUGUGACAGAUGAUGCUGACAGUACUCAGACUGUGAAGCAGUACUCUGAAGCUGUGAAGAUGUCAGAUGAAGAUGAUGGCAAAACAAGCACUGCUGAAACUGAACUAAAUGUUCAGGUUGAAGAUAAAGAGAAAGGACCUGGAGAUUCUUCUCCUGAAGCUGUAAAGGAAGCCAGAGUGGAAGAAACCUCUGAGACUUCGGCCCACCAGGAGACCAGCACAACUUUGGCCUCCGUCACAAAGGAAGAUAGUGCCGAUGUUUCCUCAGUCAGCAACUUCGUAAAGGUCAGUGAUGACAGCACGGAGGAGUCGUCUUUUGUUUCAGCCACAGCUGGAGAGACUGAUGACAAUGGUGCUGAAAAGGAAGAUGAAGGAAAGGAGAAAGAAAAGAAUCUAGAAACCGAUAAAGCUGUGAAGCCACUGCAAAAUGAGAAAGUAGAGGAAACCGAGGAUGUACCAGCUGCCAUGAUGGAGGUGGAUUUAAACCAAAGCACCUCCACCGAUGAGACCAAGCUUCACACAGAGACUACAGCGUCUACAGCUAGCCCUAGCACUGAGAGUGUCUCACAGGAUCCAGGAACUAACCAAGACACUCUGAAGACAGCAGGGACCGAGACCUUAGCAACUAAAACCAAAGAGAUUAAAAUUGCUAGACUGGAUGUGUCAAGUGUGGCCUCAGACACAGAGAGACUGGAGCUGAAGGACGCCUCAACAACAAACCUGAGCCCAAAUCAGGCAACUGCCUCAAGCCCCUCAGCUCAGGGCAAUGAGGGCUCGUCUUCGGCACGGUCCACCAUGUUCCGUAUCCCAGAGUUCAAGUGGUCUCAUAUGCACCAGCGUCUUUUGACCGACCUGCUGUUCUCCAUCGAGACCGAUGUGCAGAUGUGGAGAAGUCAUUCGACUAAGACAGUUAUGGACUUUGUGAACAGCAGUGAGAACGUGAUGUUUGUGCACAACACUGUCCAUCUAGUCUCUCAGGUGGUGGACAACCUCAUCAUGGCCUGUGGAGGAAUCCUUCCUUUGCUGUCUGCAGCCACCUCUUCUUCGCAUGAGCUGGAGAACAUUGAGCCGUCUCAGGGUUUGGCUGUGGAGGCGUCACUGAUGUUCUUGCAGAGGCUGAUCAAUCUCGUGGACGUGCUGAUCUUCGCCAGUUCACUCAACUUCACUGAAAUUGAAGCAGAGAAGAACAUGUCUUCUGGAGGAAUCCUGAGACAAUGCCUGCGUCUGGUGUGCGCGAUGGCUGUGAGAAACUGUCUGGAAUGUCAGCAGCACACUCUGGGUAAGUCUGGUGCAGAGAGCAGCCAUGGACAGCAAAGCCUUCUGGGAGCCGCCAAGUCUAUACCAGCACAGAGUCCUGUGGACAUUGUGACAGGAGGGAUGUCUCCUAUCAGAGAUUUAGACCGGCUUCUGCAGGACAUGGACAUCAAUCGUCUCCGUGCUGUAGUGUUCAGAGACAUAGAGGACAGUAAACAGGCUCAGUUCCUGGCCCUGGCAGUGGUCUACUUCAUCUCUGUACUCAUGGUAUCCAAAUAUCGAGACAUCCUUGAGCCACACAAUGACAAAAGACAUGCCCAGCGCUCACAGUCUGUCAGGAGCACAGAGAGUGUUCAGUCUGAUCUUGAGAACGGUUUGUCUCAUCAUCGAGAAUCUAGUAAUGAGGAUGCGAAAACCUCAGUCAUCCCCAGUGAUGCCGAGACACGGACCGGCCCGGAUGCUGUAUCUGAAGCCCUGUCUACUUUGUCCUCUGAAGUCAGGAGAAGUCAGGAGGUCACUGAUAGAGACAGCAAAGGAAAAAACGUCAAUGUCAAGGAUAUUCUGAGAAGUCUGGUUGGUGCUCCCUCUGAUGACAUUAUGGUGGACCCUAGCCUUAUACCGCCCGGGUUUCUGGGUGCAGUGGGCGAUGCUUCCCGUGACCAGUCCGUCCAGUUUCACUCCUUCGACAGGAGUGUUGUUGUGGCACCUAAGAAAAUGGGUGGGGCUCCCUCACUAGGAAUGAGUACAGUCUCCGCAGCUGCGUCCGUCCCAUCAGCCACUGCUGCAUCCUCAGGUGAAACUACAGACAACAGUGUGUCAGUGGUAUCUGCAGGAGAAGCUGUUCAGAGCACAGAGUCCGCCCCAGGAGGAACCUCCACCAGCUCCAACCUGCCAUCUGUCCCUGCUUUACCCCCAGUGACCCAGAGCUCCACCCCCAACAUGAGUAUUUCAGAGAGGUUGGAACAUGCUCUGGAGAAGGCAGCUCCUUUACUCCGAGAGAUUUUUGUGGAUUUCGCACCGUUCCUCUCUCGCACACUGCUGGGCAGUCACGGACAGGAGCUGCUCAUCGAGGGCACCAGUCUUGUGUGCAUGAAGUCCAGCAGUUCUGUGGUUGAACUGGUCAUGCUGCUGUGUUCUCAGGAGUGGCAGAAUUCCAUCCAGAAGAACGCGGGCUUGGCCUUCAUCGAGCUUGUGAACGAGGGCAGACUGCUGAGCCACACCAUGAAGGACCAUCUGGUGCGUGUAGCUAAUGAGGCCGAGUUCAUUCUGAGCCGCCAGAGAGCAGAGGACAUCCACAAGCACGCGGAGUUUGAGUCUCAAUGUGCUCAGUAUGCCGCUGAGAAACGCGAUGAGGAGAAGAUGUGCGAUCACCUGAUCAGGGCCGCCAAGUACCGGGAUCACGUCACGUCCACCCAGCUCAUCCAGAAGAUUGUGAACAUCCUCACAGAUAAGCACGGAGCCUGGGGCUGCUCUACUUUCAGCAGACCGCGGGAGUUCUGGCGCCUGGACUACUGGGAGGAUGACCUGAGGAGACGUCGGCGCUUCAUCAGGAACCCAUUUGGAUCCACACACUCUGAGGCCACGCUCAAGGCUGCAGCAGAGCAUGCUGCUGGUAUUAAAGCUCCAGAGGAGGACGUGCUGAAAGGCAAACAGUCCAUCAGGAGUUCAGUGCUGGGGAAUCAGAACUCAGAGAGUGAGCUGCUCUUGGAGGACGAUGACACUCUCUCAUCCUUGGAGGAGAAGGACUUGGAGAACCUCACAGGGCCUGUUAACCUGAGCACCAGCGCACUGUUGGUUGCACCCGCUGUAGUGGUAAAAGGCACACUGUCCAUCACGGCCCUGGAGUUAUACUUUGAGGUGGAUGAAGAAGACCCGAGUUUUAAGAACAUUGAUCCCAAGAUUUUGGCCUACACAGAGGGUCUGCAUGGGAAAUGGCAGUUCACAGAGAUCAGGGCAGUUUUCUCUCGCCGCUAUCUGCUACAGAAUACAGCGCUGGAGGUCUUCAUGGCCAACAGAACGGCAGUCAUGUUCAACUUCCCAGAUGCAGCCACAGUGAAAAAGGUGGUGCACUGUCUCCCCAGAGUUGGAGUCGGGACGAAUUUCGGCCUUCCUCAGACCAGACGGAUUUCUCUGGCCAGUCCGAAACAGCUUUACAAGGCCUCCAACUUGACCCAGCGCUGGCAAAGACGAGAGAUCUCCAACUUUGAGUACCUCAUGUUCGUCAACACCAUCUCUGGCCGUACGUUUAACGAUCUGAACCAGUAUCCUGUGUUCCCCUGGGUAAUCACCAACUACGACAGCGACGCUCUCGACCUCACUCUCCCCAGCAACUACAGAGAUCUGUCCAAGCCCAUUGGUGCACUCAACCCAAAGAGGGCUGCAUUCUUCUCUGAACGCUUUGAAUCAUGGGAGGACGAGCAGGUGCCCAAAUUCCACUACGGCACGCACUAUUCCACCUCCAGCUUUACUCAGAUGUGGCUACUGAGGAUUGAGCCUUUCACGACAUUCUUCCUGAAUUUCCAAGGUGGGAAAUUUGACCACGCAGAUCGCACUUUCUCCUCAGUGUCCAGAGCCUGGAGAAACUGCCAGAGGGACACGUCUGAUGUGAAGGAGCUGAUCCCUGAGUUCUAUUACCUCCCUGAGAUGUUUGUCAACUCCAAUAAUUACAACCUGGGAGUGAUGGAUGAUGGGACGGUGGUGUCAGAUGUGGAGCUGCCGCUCUGGGCCAAGAGUCCUGAGGAGUUUGUUCGCAUCAACCGACUCGCUCUGGAGAGUGAGUUUGUGUCCUGUCAGCUGCAUCAGUGGAUCGAUCUGAUAUUCGGAUACAAGCAGCAGGGACCUGAGGCCGUCAGAGCUCUCAAUGUCUUCUACUACCUGACUUAUGAAGGAGCAGUCAACCUCAGCUCCAUAUCUGACCCCAUGCUCAGAGAGGCUGUGGAGUCUCAAAUCAGAAGUUUUGGACAGACACCCUGCCAGCUGCUGAUCGAGCCCCACCCGCCACGCAGCUCUGCCAUGCAGGUGUAUCUCCUUCUGCAGACCCCACUGAUGUUCACAGAGCAGAUGCAGCAGGACGUCAUCAUGGUACUCAAGUUCCCGUCCAACUCGCCUGUCACCCACGUGGCCGCCAACACCCAGUCAGGCCUGACCAACCCAGCGGUCAUCACAGUCACCGCCAACCGCCUCUUCGCCGUCAACAAGUGGCACGGCCUCACUGGUCAUCAGAGCGCUUCUGUGCAAGACCAGCAGUACCAGUUACCGGUUGAGAUUGACCCUUUGAUAGCCAGUAAUGUGGGCAUUCACAGGAGGCAGAUCUCAGAUCUGUUAGAUCAGAGCAUCCAGGUAAAUGCUCAGUGUUUUAUCAUCACGGCCGACAACCGCUUCAUGCUGCUGUGUGGCUUCUGGGACAAGAGCUUCCGCGUCUACUCCACUGAUACAGGUAAACUGACACAGAUUGUGUUUGGCCAUCUUGAUGUGGUGACCUGUCUGGCGCGCUCAGAGUCAUACAUUGGCGGAGACUGUUACGUUCUGUCCGGCUCCAGAGACGCCACAUUACUGCUCUGGUACUGGAACGGCAAGCACAGCAGCAUUGGAGAGAACCCUGGGACAGAAUUCGUGACUCCUCGGACGAUCCUGACGGGUCAUGAUUGUGAAGUCACGUGUGCGAGUGUGUGUGCAGAGCUGGGACUGGUCAUCAGUGGCUGCAAAGAGGGUCCGUGUCUCGUCCACUCUAUGAACGGUGACCUGUUGAGGACUCUGGAGGGUCCAGACGGCUGUGUGCGACCACGUUUGGUUCUGUCCUCCACCGAGGGUCACUGUGUCAUUUAUUAUGACAAGGGCCACUUCUGUGUGUUCAGCAUCAACGGAAAACUGUUGGGACAUAUGGAGGUGGAAGACAGCGUGAAGGCGAUGCUGCUCAGUAAAGAUGGCCAGUAUCUGCUGACCGGAGGAGACGCAGGAGUUCUCAGCAUCUGGCAGAUUCAUGAUCUCAAGCAGCUCUUCACGUACCCGGGAUGUGAUGCUGGAAUACGCUCUAUGGCUAUGUCACAUGACCAAAGAUGCAUCAUCACUGGGAUGGCGUCUGGUAGCAUUGUUCUGUUCUACAAUGACUUCAACAGAUGGCACCACGAAUACCAAACUAGAUACUGACCCCGUGAGGCCACAGAGGGAACAGAGCAACCACGACCCUUCAUACAGACACUACCAACUACCAAGAGGCAUGAAUGUAUUCUAAAUAUUUAAAAAGCAAAACUAUUUUUUAAAAAUGGCAUUGCUAUAUUUUGUAGAUCUUAUUGAAUUUCUUACUAUAUAAAUCCUAGGGAGGGGUUAUAUACCUAAUAUUUGGAGGAAAAAAAAUCUAUUUUUAGCCGUCGAAGUCUUUGCUCUUGUGAAAACGACUGGUCAAUAGCUAGACGACUCUAUUUGUGUAUAGUGUCUAUGGGUAGCUGAUUAGUUUGUGUAACUUAGGGAGGGUGAGUUUGUUUUUUAAUUCUUUCCUUCUCAUUUGCUGUGAUUAUUUUGACAGGAUGCCUCUAAACGUCAUGUUUUGUAGUUUAAUAGCUCAGUUCCUAAAGCUAACAGGAAGCUGCCUCAUUUUUUGGAGAGACUUAUGGGAAUUAUAUUCAUAGAUUAAAUAGAUAUCCGUCUGCAGACAUAUCAAGGCAUCCACUUCAAAUGUUCACUUUAUGAAUGGAAAAGUGGCCUGAAAUGAGAGAAACCUGAAGUUGUGUUGAAACGUGAGUGGACCUCUUGUGUGAUCAUGUAAUGAUGUCGCUUUAGAAACUGAAGGGAUAUGAUUCUGCAUAUGAAGGGAUAGUAAUUUAGAAAUUAUAUGAAUUAUCUUCAUGGUUUGGGGUGUGUUUUUAUCUUUUGUGUUUGUUCCACAUCUAUCAAGUGUUCCAGAACGUAACCAUCUUUUUUCUUUUCUUUGAGGAGAUGCAAGUGAUGAUAAAAAAUAUGAAUGUCCAUUUCAAGUGUCAUCAAAUAGUCUUUUUGUCGUUUCACCACUGUGCUUUUACCCUUAGUGUAUGCAGACAUGAAUGAGGGCAGAGCGUCAGAUUUUGUUAGCAAUCUAAAAUUGGAUGAAAAAAAAAAAAACAUUACAAUAUUUCACUAUAUGUGGUUCAUAAUACAUCCGGCUCAAGAUAUAACCCUGUAGAUCACACUCAGGGCAAGCAGGGGUCUGUCCAAUUACAAGAAAGAGUUUAUUUCUUGGUUUGAGUCAGCUAUGGUGUGAUUCUGACAUUGACAAUGCAGUCUGAUUCCUUUGGUUUGGUUCGUUACUGUUGUAUCAUGUUAUGUCUCGGCUAAAUCACAGUCAGAUUGGAAUGAGCGUCUUAUGACGUGUGUGAUGAACUCGAACAAUAAAAUGGCAUUUUGUACCAAUAAAAAAA